AUGUACUGCUUCAAGCUUAAGUUACUUUCAUCCUAAAAGUACAAUAUUUUUAUGUUAAAGGAUGAGAUUCAAUUAUAACAUGUAAUUAGUAAUUUAAUAUAUAGGAAAACGAAAUUGAAAUAAUAAAAUUUAACUCCUUCGAACCAAGAUUGAAAUGGGCAAAAUGCAAUAUCUCUCAAAUAGGAUAAUUUGAAUUAUUAGAUAAAUAGUAGAGUAUAAUCUACAAGAUAGAUCCUUCCGUGGGAAUAUUAUUUAAGGAAUUCUUAAAUGGAAAAGUGUGUUAUUAAGGAAUCGAUAAUCAAUUCAAAAUAGCAAAAAUCAUCUCCUAAGGAAAUUCUGGAAUUGUAUACUAUAUUACAAAUUUGUAGGUAGUAAAAAUGAGACAUUUAUAUAAUGAAGAACUAGUUACAGGCAAAAUUUAUAAAUAAGGCAGGCCAGAAUUUAUUGAAGUAUUCAAUUAAAUAUAAGUAGGAAUUUAGAAAUGAAGUAUAAGCCCUUUAACAUUUAAAACAUCAAAAUUUGCCAAAAAUUAGAGAAUAUUACGUUGAAGCGAAUCAUAAUUAUAUUAUUUAUGAUCUCUUAGAGGGAACUCCACUAGAUAUUUGCAUUAAGAAUAGGGUUUUAGAUGUUCAACAAAUUAUUUAAAUUAUGAAGGUAUAAUAAAGGAUAUCAUACAGGAACUGAUUCGUGUUGUAUAAUAUAUGCAAUUUGAAGGAUUCUCUCAUUAAAAUAUCAAAUUAGAAAAUAUUUAUUUUGAUUCUUUGAUGAAUUAGAUAACUGUUACUAACUUCGAAAAAUCUAUGUUAAGAAAUCAGAUUAUUACUUCUAAUGAUUCAUAUUUUUCAAAAACUACUAAGGAUGAAACAGAUCUCAAUACUUUUACUUGUCGAAAUUCUUGUCCAUAUAAAGAUAAUUUUGACUGUGGAUUAGUAUUUUUUUAAUUGUAAUUAUCUUUUUAGAAAUAGGAUAACACAAAAAAUAGAGGAUUGCAAAAAUAUUCGCUAUUCAGAUGAUUAUAAAAAAAUAAUGAAUUUGAUCACAGAAAUUCACAACCAAAAAAUUUCGACAUUCCUCCUUAAAUUAUUAUUAUAAAAUAAAGUAUCAGAUAAGCCAAACUUUUCUGAAAAUUUAAUAUAAGAAAUCGAUAAUCUAAACUUAGAAUUAUAUAAUUAUAGAAAUAAUUGA